ACCUUGGAAGCGGACCGGGGUCCUGUGGCAGGUCCUUCCAGGCGGGUGACAUUCAGCCGGCCAGUCGGGGUGACGGGCUCUCCGUCCUAGGACCAUGGCCCAGUUUGUCCGUAACCUCGCGGAGAAGGCCCCGGCGCUGGUCAACGCUGCUGUGACUUACUCGAAGCCUCGAUUGGCCACGUUUUGGUACUAUGCCAAGGUUGAGCUGGUUCCUCCAACCCCUGCUGAGAUCCCUACAGCAAUUCAGAGCUUGAAAAAAAUUAUCAACAGUGCUAAAACUGGUAGCUUCAAACAGCUCACUGUUAAGGAAGCUCUACUGAAUGGUUUGGUGGCCACUGAGGUGUGGAUGUGGUUUUAUGUUGGUGAGAUCAUAGGCAAGCGUGGCAUCAUUGGCUAUGAUGUUUGAAGACCAAUUUUUAACAUGUGAUUAUAUUUGCUUUAUUAUUCAAGUGUUCUUGGACCAUGUGUGAACAGACUGCUAUUUGAAUAAAAUAAGACAAUGUGUCAGA